AUGGCAGCAAAAGGUUCAUUUUCAUCUUCUUCGGGUGUGCACAAUCGAGGAAGGAAUAGGGAUGAGUUUGAUUGUGUGAGCUGUGAUUGUGGAUUGCAAUCAGUCGUGAGGACUUCAUGGACCAAGCAGAAUCCUGGGAGAAGGUUCAGAACUUGCUCCAGAGUGAAAUCUGAUGGGGGUUGUGAUUUCUUUCGGUGGGUCGAUUCAGAGUCUUCAUCAUCUCAAAGAGGUAUGGUUCCAGGAUGGGUGAGAAGCUUCGAGGCAGAGGAUGGAAAACAUGUUAAAAAUGAUGUUGCUUGUAAUAUCAGUAAAAAGGCUAUUGCCUAA